AGCUGAAGUUCUGGUAGGUGGGAGGAGUGAAUGGUCUGUCUGCCAGAGAGUAUCUGUGCAGCAGCAGCAGCAGCAACAGAGGGGAAGCUUAAAGCUGCUGAGUGGUUUGUCAGAACCAGGAGGAGGAUCAUCACCCCGCUUCUUCUGCUGCAGCUCCUGAUUUUUCCCAGAUUUGGAUCUUGCUGAAUUUAAGUUCUAGAGCGUUUGCUCUGAAUCAUGAAGGACCAGAACUUCAAAGAUGAGGUUGCAAAGAUUCUGGAGGAGGCUCCAAAUGCCAGAAAAGCUCUGCGUGAGAACCACGAGAACCUGCUGAAUGUGGCUGAUUACUGCUACAACAACUACACACAGCCAGGAGGGAACAAGAUCACGGCGUUGGAGGAAACUAAAAACUUUGCCACCCAAUCACUAGCCAGUGUUGCUUAUCAGAUCAGCACCAUGGCCAGUAGUGUCCUGGCUCUGCUUGAUGCUCAGGCCAAUCAGCUUUGCCAAUUGGAGUCUUCCAUCAAUCUGAUUGGCCAGACAGUGGAGAUGCAUAAGGAGAAAGUUUCUCGGAGGGAGAUUGGUGUCUUCACGGCCAUCAGACGAGUUCCUCGCAGUCAUAAGAUCAUUCCUCCUACGGGGACACAGCCUCGCCCACCAUACAGCCGUCAACCAGUAAGCUUCCAUCAGCUGGAUGGACUAGGCCAUGGAAUGAAGGUCUCUGGGAAAAAGUCUGACAAAUCUGGAACGAUCCGGAAACACGGAGCCUCCAUCAGGUCCAACAAAACUCCAGAGCCCAUUCAGUGCCCGGUGGUGCCCCCUGCUGGAGGCUCCAGCUUUGGGAAACCAGUAGCUCCGCCCACAAUCCCUACCAACUGGCAGGCUCCACCUGAUUGUGACAUCAUCCCCACACUGCUGGAUGAUGUCCUGCCUCCUCCUUUACCAACAGAUGAUGCGUUGUCUCAGGGUGAUGAAGCCAGCAACGCCUCUGUCCCGCCCCCUCCGCCUCCUCCAGUUUCAUCUGGAGAGAUGGUAGCUCCACCUCCAUCUUCAGGUCCUGCCGUCGGGGCUCUGCCCCCUCCUCCUCCUCCUGGUUUAGCAGAAGUGGCGGCUCCACCCCCUCCACCUCCUCCUGGUUCACCAGGGGUGGAGGCUCUGCCCCCUCCACCUCCACCAUCUUCAGAAGCUUUGUUCAGUCACUGUGCCCCACCUCCAGCUCCUCCUCCAAUGUCUUUGCUCAGUCUGGAAACAGUGGUAGAAGAGAGCAGCCUUUCUCCUCCCUCCCCCCUCCCUCCCCCACCUGAUGAUCACACUCAACUGCCACCCAACAAUGGCUCAGACCUGCCAGCCCCACCCCCUCCACCCACCCAAGACGAAAACGUGAUCCCUCUAUCCAGGAGGAUUCGCCGGUACCGUUCACCUCCCACCUCUCACUCUCUUUCUCUGAGGGUCCGGUCAGGCCCCGCCUCCCGCUAUUUCCACACUCGCUCUCUUAUCUUACCUGCUGUGCAAUCAUGUAGUUUUCCACGAGCACUACUCAGAGUAACUCGGACUGGUGCAGCUCAACCCGAUCACAGUUUCCAAGAGCGAGCCAUGAUACCCCCUCCUCCUCCAUACCCUCCCCCCUGUGCACCCAAGAACACCCUCAACUCUUCCUCCCUUUCUCUCUCCUCUUCCUCACCUUGGCUCUGCUUACCUGCUCGUCUUCAGCACCUGGAUCUGGAGAUUCCAGCUCCACCCCCUCCUCACCUUUUAAAUUAUGAAGGGGGAUUUGAUGACAUCUUGCCACCACUUCCUCCUCCAGUGGACUAUGAUAGCAAUGCACCCCGGGAGUACCUGGAGAAAGUGGUUGCUUUGUACAGCUACGAGGCAUCUAAUAAGCCUGAUGACCUGACCCUCACUGAGGGUGACAUCAUCUACCUAACGUGUCGUCAUGGCAACGGCUGGUGUGAAGGGGUCUCAAAAGGCAAGAAGGGCUUCUUCCCUGAGAAUUAUGUACAACCUCACAACUAAACGAACUCUUGGGAGUUACUGUGGACAUGAUUGUUUUAUUUGUUUGUUUCAUGGUAAUGUUGAUCAUCGGCAGUGGCUGUCUAAUAAAUUAAUAGAAUUAGAUAAACUUGAUUUCAGAUGGAUGCUGAAAGGUCUUUCAGAUCGCCACAUACACAUCUGUACAACCUCAAAUAAUCUGAAUAAAGUUCGUUUCAGCAAUAAA